CAGUUCAUCCUCUCCCACAGAGGCGGCUUUGCCCUGUCUCCCUGAGUUCAUGCUGAGUCAUGAAUUCCUUUCAUCACUGGUCUUUUGCGGAGAACAUCCUGUGAUCCAAUUCCAGAUCCAGUUCGGCCUUGCUGGGGACUGGUGUGGGAGAGGCAGUCCUAGGAGGAGGGGCAGCCUGGUGCUUUCCAUCACGGCCGGCUCACUGCUAAGCCAGCCAGGCCUGCACAGGCGUGGGCUCUGCGGGGCUUCCUGCUUGGCGCUGGGCAAACAUUUUUCCCACUUACCAGGGGAUGAAGCUGCUUGCCAGGGCUCUCCGUCUCUGUGGAUUUGUAAGGCACAAAUCCUCCAGGAGGCUGGUAGCUGGCCAGGGAUGUGUGGGGCCCCAGAGAGGGUGCUGCACUCCCAUCCAGGCGGCCGGACCCAGGGCUGAUCUCCCACCCUCUGGAGCCUACACUACUGCCAGGAUCAUGCGGCCAGAUGACGCCAAUGUGGCCGGCAAUGUCCAUGGGGGGACCAUCCUGAAGAUGAUCGAGGAGGCGGGUGCCAUCAUCAGCACCCGGCAUUGCAACAGCCAGAACGGGGAGCGCUGUGUGGCUGCGCUGGCUCGGGUUGAGCGCACCGACUUCCUGUCGCCCAUGUGCAUCGGGGAGGUGGCCCACGUCAGCGCGGAGAUCACCUAUACCUCUAAGCACUCGGUGGAGGUACAGGUCAACGUGUUGUCUGAAAACAUCCUCACAGGUGCCAAAAAGCUGACCAAUAAGGCCACCCUCUGGUAUGUGCCCCUGUCGCUGAAGAAUGUGGACAAGGUCCUUGAGGUGCCUCCUGUUGUGUAUUCCCGGCAGGAGCAGGAGGAGGAGGGCCGAAAGCGAUACGAAGCCCAGAAGCUGGAGCGCAUGGAGACCAAGUGGAGGAACGGGGACAUUGUCCAGCCAGUCCUCAACCCAGAGCCGAACACUGUCAGCUACAGCCAGUCCAGCUUGAUUCACCUGGUGGGGCCUUCAGACUGUACCCUACACGGCUUCGUCCAUGGAGGCGUGACCAUGAAGCUCAUGGACGAGGUCGCCGGGAUCGUGGCUGCACGCCACUGCAAGACCAACAUCGUCACAGCUUCCGUGGACGCCAUUAAUUUUCACGACAAGAUCAGAAAAGGCUUCGUCAUCACCAUCUCAGGACGAAUGACCUUCACGAGCAAUAAGUCCAUGGAGAUCGAGGUCUUGGUGGACGCCGACCCUGUUGUGGACAGCUCGCAGAAGCGCUACCGGGCCGCCAGUGCCUUCUUCACCUACGUGUCGCUGAGUCAGGAGGGCAGGUCGCUGCCCGUGCCCCAGCUUGUGCCCGAGACCGAGGACGAGAAGAAGCGCUUUGAGGAAGGCAAAGGGCGGUACCUGCAGAUGAAGGCGAAACGACAGGGCCACGUGGAGCCCCAGCCCUAGACACCCUCCUCCUGCUGCCGGGGCCCCGAGUAGCCAUGGCAACAGGCCCAGUGUCCAGUCACUUAGAAGUUACCCCCUUGGCCAGAAACCCAAUUCACAUUGAGAGCUGGUGUUGUCUGAAGUUUUCGUAUCACAGUGUUAACCUGUACUCUCUCCUGCAAACCUACACACCAAAGCUUUAUUUAUAUCAUCCCAGUGUUGAUGCUACAAUGUUGUCCCGAGUGCAGGGAGGCGUUCCAUGGAAACCCUCCGGAAUGCUUCCAAGCACACUGUAAGGUAUGGGGAGAACCCAGCGCCACUAAUAAAGCUGCUGCUUGGCUGGACCCACAA